AACCGUUCCAGUUGUUAUUUUUAUCAUUUUGGAUUUGUAUUUUUUUUUUUGAAGUUUUUGAUUUCCAUAGAGAGAGCGAGCGAUUUUUCAGGGGUUUAUUGAAGUAUUUUAUCAAUGGCUGCUGCAAAAUAUAGUGACGAGUCCAAGAAAGGUUUUAGUGAUGGAACAGAGGAGACGGGGAUCGGGCAAGAUUCGGAGAUUGGUAAGGGGAACGAGCUCGAUUUUGGGUUCGAAAAACGGCAAUGGAAGCCAGUUUUUGGUGAAGCUUCCAUGUCACAAAGACCUCACAAGAAGAUUCGUAGUCCUCAACGACGCCAGGAAUCUGUUCGAUCAUUUGCUUCAAUGGCGGACCAGUCGUCUUCUAUUUCGCCUUCUCUAACGCUUUCUUUACCGUCUCCUUCUUCUUCUUCGACGAACGCUUCUUUGGCAUCUUCGAGACUGGUUUUCCCUUUCGCUUUCGAUGCAUCCCAGCAGCCGGUUUACCUUACUCAGACAAUGCUCCGCCCGUCGCUGCAAAAUCAGCAACAGAUGAUUUCGUUUAGUCCUCAACAGCAGCAGCAGCAACACGGGUUCGUUUAUCGACCCUUUUUUGCCGGAGAAUCGUCACCGGUACCGCCUCCGCAACUGCCGUCGCAUCAGCAGCAGCAGUUUCUUCAAUAUUGGAGUGAUACAUUGAGUCCAAGAAGGAGGAUGGCGAUGAUGAACCGCUUGGGACAAGACGGUCACCAAUUGUAUAGACCGCCAUUGCAGCCUAUAAACACAACAAAGCUUUACCGAGGCGUGAGACAGAGGCAUUGGGGAAAAUGGGUAGCUGAAAUCCGUCUUCCUCGAAACCGGACUCGCCUUUGGCUAGGCACGUUCGACACCGCGGAAGACGCUGCAUUAGCCUACGAUCGCGAGGCGUUCAAGUUGAGAGGAGAGAAUGCAAGGCUCAAUUUCCCUGAGCUUUUCCUCAACAAAGACAAAGAUAAAGAUGAUUCACCAGGGCCAAGUUCUGUCCCACAAGAAGAACGGGAAGGGCCUAAUUCUCAGCCAACCGAAGUCGAAAUGGUGCCACCAUUGACUCAGUCUCAGCUCGACAACCCCAACAACGAUUCGGGGUUCAAAUCCAGUGAGGCUACAACCAGCGACAAUGUACAAAUGGCAGCCGAGUGCUCGGGUUUGGGCGAAGGCAGGGGUUCGGGUCCUCAGGAACUCGUGUGGGGAGAUAUGUCGAUGUCCGAAGCUUGGUUCAGUGCAUUCCCAGCAGGCUGGGGUCCAGGGAGUCCAGUCUGGGAUGAUUUAGACACCACAAACAAUCUCAUUUUACCUUCAAAUCUCCCUUUCCACGACCAAAAUCAACAAGAAGAAUUUGGUGACACUACUUCUUCCACUUCUUGUCCAAUGAAACCCUUCUUUUGGAAAGAUGAAGAUUCUUAAAAAAGAACUCGUCUUCUCGGUCCGAAAAUCUCACGGUUUUGUCUGCAUCUUUUAUUGUCAAUUGUCAUCAUUUUCCUUUCAUCGGCUGCAGAUUUUUAGAUGAAACCAGCCACUGAUUUCAACAGAUUUCUCCACCCAUUUUCAUCAAACCUGCAAAAAAAGUUUACAUAUUUUCAAACUUUUUUAGCAGUGGUUUGCGCUCGUGUGUUCCCUUACAGCAUGUUUUUUAGUGUCAAUAAACAACCUUUUCAGCAUCGUCUUGUUGAUGUAAUGUUUGGUUCCGUAGCUCCAUUCAAUAGAUUUGAGUGUGAGGAGACAGUUUGGUGAUCUCCUUUCUCAUUUGGUACCAAAAUCCAUCUUCGAGCUUUUAUUUGUCUGCUCGAAAAAA